GUGGCGGGUUCCUCUCCCUCCCACUUCCGCACUCAGGUUCCCCACCUCCCCUCUCCCCAGAGUGGUUGGUUUUCGGUCUGAGGGUCGGAAGAGUUCCAACUGCCUGCAAAACUGACGUCCACGUGCUAGAACGCGCGUCCGAGUUCUCGUGUCCAACCUGAUCGGUGAGCACUGCCUACCGCGUCUUUGCGCAGUGAGGCGUAGCGGGCACGGCGGUACAGAGGGUAACUGCCGCGUGCGCGCAUGCGUUCUCUCGUUAAGUCGGAGAGUAGCUGCAGAGAUUCCCAAAGAUGUCAACUCAAGGCCAUACCUGGGACCGACAGGUGAAGAAGGAAGAUGAGGAAGAGGACCCCCUGGACCGGCUGAUCUCCCGUUCUGGCUGUGCUGCUUCCCAUUAUGCAGUACAGGAGUGCAUGGCCCAACACCAGGACUGGCGCCAGUGUCAGCCGCAGGUACAGGCCUUCAGGGACUGCAUGAGUGAACAGCAGGCAAGGCGGCGGGAGGAGCUGCAGAGGAGGAAAGAGCGAGGCCGUCCCACCACUGAGUCUCCAAACUACCUAUCCCCAGAGAAUGGCCCUGCAGAAACUAGCACCCAGAGAGAUCCCGGGAAGAAGUCCUGAACAGCAGAAGUGUGGGCCAAGAAGUAUAAAACUCGGGGAUUAUCUUCAGCUAAGACUGACGUUGAAAGCUCGGCAGCCAUGGGUUUGGACAUGACUGCUGUAAAGAGCUGUGAUAUUUUCAUGGUGAGAUACCACACAUCUUCACCAAUAUUGAAUAUUGACUGGUAUUUGCUAAGUAAAACAAAGAUUGGGGUUAAUGGAUGGUCUUCUGUCCUACAUCUUGGGUCAGUGUGCCAAGUACUGAUUACAUGGACACUUAAUUUGAAAAGUAAAUUCACAAUCUAAAUGUAAAUUGGUUACCUGGUCAGGUCUUCAUUUAUUCAUCAUUGGUUCAACACAUGACUAACAAGUUUUUCUAAGACCUUUCCUUGUGCCAGCUACUGUGUGAAUGAAUAAUAUGAUCUGAUGGGAUGAAUAAUAGGAUCUCUUUCUUCGUGUUACUUAGUCUGGUUUGAAGGGUGGAAAUAAAACAACAUUAGAAUAACUAAUUACUAGC